UUGGCAUCGUCGGGAAAGGAGCCUGGCGUGACGCCAUUACCUUGCGCCGCUGACACGGUCAUACGCCGGCUCCGUCUCACGUGAUGCGCUUCCGGUGUUUCAAGAUGGCGGUGCCCACCACUGACAAUCCUUCCCUCCAGCCUGGCGGCCGAUAUUGCCUUAUCAGUUGCGUUCCGGCUCAGCUUCGCUCCACCGAUCUCCGUUUCUACUUCAGCCAGUUCAUCGAGGCCGGUGGCUUCCUCUGCUUCCAUUACCGCCAUCGCCCUGAACGUAUAGAGGGUCCGAGCGCUCCUUCCCGGCCAGGCCCGACCUGCUGCUGCCUGGUGGCGGUGAAGCCCGGCUGGUCCCGCCGCUUGGUCCGUAUGUACUCGGGAAAGCGCUGGAUCGACGCGCAGGGAGAGACAUUGCCCGGCCGGUGCCUUAUACGAAGGGUUCGGGUUUCCUUUGACAAAGGUACUGAGAGGCAAGAAGGAGAGGUGCUGGGAGUAGUCACUGCAUUUACGUUUGAUACAUUUGAUCUUUGAAUAAAAGCAUUAUGGAUGGCACUUACUGCAUUUUAUAGCAUUUUGGGCCCAUUGAUUUCAUUUUCUCCCCCAUUUACAAGUCAAUGAGAUGGUUUCUUUAUGUAUCUAAUGAAUUUGGCUUUAGCCCAUUACAGUUUAUGGCCAUGUUAGAUCUGUUAGUCUUGUAAAUAGCAUAAGACUUUUCAUGUGUGUUUGCUGUAGUAGAUGGACUCUGCUGUCAUUCUGAAAAACACUUUGUUCCUUUUGGCUGGGGAGAGUAGAAUGAGGCUGAAGCAAAGAUAUGUAAGUGGUAGACUGAUGUAAUACAAGUUGGUGGAUUACUGCUAAGUGAUUUUUCUUGCCCCUUGUGUUUAUAAUUUUUACAGAUGCUGAAACACUCUCCUAUAAGACUAAAAAGGAGCUCCGCACAUCCUCAAACGAAACUUUCACUGAGGAGGAUUUAAAACGGCUUCCUGAACUAAAUCCACCAUCUUUCAUGCCCUGUGGGAAUGUGGGAACUCCUUUGAGUGUCUUUUUAGAUCUCAUUAAAGCCUGCAGGAUGCCUUCUCGUGCUAUCAAGAAGCUGCGGUUGCAGUUUCCCAGAACUGGCUCUUCUCGCAGGUAUGGAAAUGUACCAUUUUCAUAUGAAGAAACUGAGACUAUUGUAGAAGAGGAACGAGUUUACACAGCUUCAGGAGAGGAGAUAACAGAAGGGGGAGACCUAUCAAGAGUGAGCACGGCCAGUCAAGGCAAUGGCAUGGCAGAGAGAUACUUGAAUGAUCCAGAGAGUGAAGCAGAAGCUCAGUUGGAUGAUGUAAGUAGUUUUUUUUUCUAAUUACACAAUGUCAUGUUAUGUGCUUAUAGCUGUUUUAGAGAUGUAAUUAUAUUAUUUUGUAAGGAAGAAGGAAAUGUGCUAAUACUUAUUCAUCCUUACAAGUUGGGAAAUAUGUCAUUUUAUGAAUCUGAAAACUAAUGUGACCCACACAAAUGAGCCUAUGGACUGCAUUUUGAAUCAAGGUUUUCCCAUUCUUCAGGGUAGCAGCUACCCAUAAUGAUAAUGUUAGGUAGAAAAGUUGUGCUGGAAUUCUUGUACUCUAGCUGAAAAAAAUAUUUUACUCAUUGAAACCUCAGAAUUGAUUAUCUUCUGGGAGAAUCAAAACUGUUAAUUCUGACAUUUUGUAAUGUCUCCCUUAUUCAUUCUGCCAAGCUUGCUUUUAUUCUAACUGUAUAGUUCCAUUAGCCCAUCACACUGCAGGCUAGGUGCUUAACUGGAAAAUACUUUGUAACCAAACUGAGACUGUGGCAAGGGGCUGGGGGUUGACUGGUUUAAUAUGAAUACUAGUUCACAGCCAAGGGUGACUGCUUUGCACUAAAGGAACCUAUGGUCUCUUAAGAUGCAAAUUGUAUAUACACAUGCAUGGUAGAGAAAAGGGUGACGGGAGGAAACUAUGGUAAAAAAAUGCAAGUAAGAUACUAACGAUAGAGAUGAGAUGACCAACAGAUAAGAUCUUGUUACUACCCAGCCUGGUUCCAGUCCCUUAAAAACUUUUUACUGCCUGUUAAAGAUCUCUCCACAUUUUGGAUCCAUUGGCAGGGUGCAUAAUGAUAACUUCAUGGCAUUCAUUAAACCAUAAAAAAUGUUUAAAAACACUGCCCAUCACAAUGAAGGGUCUUGGCAGAACUAUAAAGGUAAAGGUAAAGGUACCCCUGCCUGUACGGGCCAGUCGUGUCCGACUCUAGGGUUGUGUGCCCAUCUCACUUAAGAGGCCGGGAGCCAGCGCUGUCCGGAGACACUUCCGGGUCACGUGGCCAGCGUGACGAAGCUGCUCUGGCGAGCCUGCACCAGCGCAGCACACGGAAACGCCAUUUACCUUCCCGCUAUAAAGCGGUACCUAUUUAUCUACUUGCACUUAAGGGUGCUUUCGAACUGCUAGGUGGGCAGGAGCUGGGACCGAACGACGGGCGCUCACCCCGCCGCGGGGAUUUGAACCGCCGACCAUGCGAUUGGCACGCCCUAGGCACUGAGGUUUUACCCACAGCGCCACCUGCGCAAUAAGCUUCUAAAAACCAGUCUAUUAUGUUUCUGUGCUCCUAAUUUCUCCGUCUCCAGAAGUUCAAGAUGAGUUCUGUCUGAGCAACCCCUUAGCAGUGAGCUUAUUACAACUAGGCCCAGUGAAACUGAGGAAGUGGGCAAUGUGGGGAAACUGGCCUAAACCUUUGCUGUAUUUGUCCCCACCCCCCCUUCUGCUACAGGAUGACGAUGACAGAUGCGAAGAGUGGGAGCGGCAUGAGGCUUUGCAUGAGGAUGUCACCAGCCAGGAGCGCACAAAGGAACGUUUGUUUGAGGAGGAGAUUGAACUGAAGUGGGAGAAGGGGGGCUCUGGGUUGGUCUUCUACACAGAUGCACAGUACUGGCAAGAAGAAGAAGAAGGAGGUAACCCUGAACAACACAUCCUGGAUUUGAUUCUACUUUGUUGCUGAGAGCUGAGAUAGAGUGUGCAUCAGCGUAGUCUUUGUGAACUCAUGGCCCAUCUCCAGAUAGACAGUUUGCAAAAUCCCUCAUUAAUAAGACAUGAAAAUGUCUCGGGAUUGGUCUGAGACACUUUUGUGCAAAAAUAUCAAGAACGUAGCCAUACUGUUUCCUGGCAUACUUCUUGUCUUUCUACUGGAGUCUGUCACUUCUUCCCCUGAUCUCUCUUGCUAUUCUGUUGUUUAUUCUCCAAUGGUCCAAGUCUACGGAUAUCUUUCCCUGCCCUCUUUCAUUGACCACUGUGUGUUUUUUACUUUCCUUCCUGGUGCACGAGGCCUCCGCUCUUCCUUUAUUCCCCAUGUCCUAAACAUAGAGCAUGAAAACCCAGAUGGCACUGGCAAGAAUAAGUUUCUUUUCUCUGCUGCUGCUGCUACAGUAGGCCCUACAAAGAAUUAUCCAGGGCAGUUCUAUCCUCAGUUCAGCAUGUCAAGAGGACCUAAUAGAUUAGGUCAUGGUGAUUAUAAGGGGAAUCUUCAAAGCUACAUUUGGGGUUAAUAGUUAUGUCUGCAGUAAGCUCUCUGAAGAGAGGGCUUUCUCCCCAUCUCUAAAUAUUGCAGCCUUAGUGAGAGCUUGUUGUCCUGGAAUAAAUCCCUGUACAAAAGCCAAGAAUGGGGAGGAAUGAUGCUGAGAUUUUUAGGAUGCUGAACUCUAGAUCUAUGUUCAGCAUGCCCUGCAUGGAAUUCAUCCUGCAGUGUUUGGGUGUGGAAGAGGAGCAUGAUCGUAAUGUGGGAAAGGGGAGGAUGAUCUUAAUGUAACACUCAUCUGUAAUGAGCCAAUACAUCCUGCUUGAUGUCUUAACUUUUAUUUUGGCAGAUUUUGAUGAGCAGACAGCGGAUGACUGGGACGUGGACAUGAGCAUCUACUAUGAUAAAGGUACUUGAGCUAAGGGCUGUUGAUCUGUGAUGCAAGGAAUGGACAGAACCUAAACUAGUGUCUCAUUCUGUACUUGAGGCUGCUGUUAAUGCAUUUUGGAAGCUUUAGCUUCUGCAACUACUUGGCUUGCCUUCCUGGCCUAUGUGGGGUGUCACAAACAUAUUGCACUAGGGCUCCAGCAUUUCCACUGGCACCUAUCAGUCUUCCAGACACAAUUCAAGGUGCUGGGGCUUGUGUGUGUUUGUGUUAGUGAUCCUGCUGUGCUGUGGUCAGAUUUCAGAGAACCUGCUCUAGUAUUAGUUGUAAUAUGACAAAUCUUCAUAGCUGCUAUCCUUCCCCAGUCUGGGGUCUUCCAGAGGUUGGACUACAGCUCCCAUCAGCCCUAAUCAGUGUGGCCACAGGUUAUGGGUGUUGGAUAUUGUAGUGCAGCAUCUGAAGGGUGGCAGGUUGGCUUGCAACAUCCUACAUACUCCUCUACCCUGGUUGGCACCUUCCUACUCCAACCUCUGAACAGGAACCAGUUCCUUUCUUCACUACCAUCCCUUCCAAGCCCUGUUUAGAAUUGCCUACCUCAUAAUUUUGGUUUUUAAAAAUAAAUGACAACAAAUUCACCCCAAAAUGGAUUCCCACUUCCUCCCAAGCAAGUGAAACUGUUCCAGAUUAGUAAAAUUUGCAAAGCUUUUACUUGAGCCCAGCAUAACAGGUAUUAGUCUCUGAUUUCUCUCAUUGUGAUUGCUAAGGCUAAAGAUGACUGAGAGGGGAAGGACUCUCUUUAUGCUAUCAAUGCCUCUUCUUGUUUAAAAGGUUUAUAUGCCACUUUUCCAGGCAACUAACAUAAAAUCAGCAGCGCUUAGUAUAACAGAAACAGUUCAAUCAAUCAGCCAAUAUUUAUUUUGGUCAUAGACCGGAAAGUGACAGAAACAGUUAAAAAAUGUGGUGGCUAUAUUAAGGUGGCAAAGCUGCAAUGAAGAAUUCGUGGUGGUUGCUCUUGCAGUCUCUCUCUUAAAAAAGAGAUUCUGGACCUAUGAACAUCUGAAGCUGUUUUACACUUAGGCUUUUUGUCCACCUAAGCCCAGUACUAUCUGCUUGACUGGAAGUGGCUCUGUGAGGUCUCUGUUAUAGCCCUUUCCCAGACCUUUUGCCUGCUCUCUUUUUAACCAGAGAUGAACCUGGGCCUUCUGCAUACACUUGCUCUGCCACUAAGCUCAGGUCUUCAUGGGGAGACAAUUAUAACAGGGUUUCCAUUCAUUCCAGAUGGUGGUGACAAGGAUGCUCGGGAUUUGGUCCAGAUGCGGUUUGAGCAGAGACUCCGGGAUGGUUUGGAAGAUGGGUCUGUUCUGAGCCAACAAAUUGGAAACUUUGAAAAGUACACCAAGGUAAGAAUAAAAAAGGGGACGCGGGUGGCGCUGUGGGUUAAACCACAGAGCCUAGGACUUGCCGAUCAGAAGGUCGGCAGUUCGAAUUCCCACGACGGGGUGAGCUCCUGUUGCUCAGUCCCUGCUCCUGCCAGCCUAGCAGUUCGAAAGCACGUCAAAGUGCAAGUAGAUAAAUAUGUACCACUCCAGCAGGAAGGUAAACGACGUUUCCAUGUGCUGCUCUGGUUCGCUAGGAGCAGCUUAGUCAUGCUGGCCACAUGACCCGGAAGCUGUACGCCGGCUCCCUCCGCCAAUAAAGCGAGAUGAGCGCCGCAACCCCAGAGUCAGCCACAACUGGACCUAAUGGUCAGGGGUCCCUUUACCUUUAUCUAAGAAUAAAAAAAUGGAAGAGCAUAGAAACAUCUGAACUUAUUUUGAUUUGAAAAAUCCCUUUUGUAAGAGCCUGGGGGUCUGAACUGCAUUAGUGCUUUUAAUACAAAGGGUAGGGGGUUGUUGUGCUGUAUUGGGUCUGCUGAUAAUGGCCUCUUUUUUUGGAGUGCCAAUCAUUCUUACUCUGGUUCUGGUGCUAAGUGUCCUCAGCAAUUGCUCUCUUUGUUAUGGAAUUGAUAGAAGAAUCUCUAAAGUAACAUAUUUUUUUCCUCCCCAGGGUAUCGGCAGGAAAGUGAUGGAGAGGCAAGGCUGGACUGAGGGUCUUGGGCUGGGAAGCAGCAACUCAGGGAUGACUGAAGCACUGGACAACGAAGGCCAGAAUCCCAAAUGCAAGAGGGGCUUGGGGUAAGUAAAGAGUGUCCUUUUAAAAUACAUGUAGUCGAGACAUUCAGCCUCUCCACCUAUAUAAAAUAAAUAAAUAUAAUAAUAUUUAUUUAUUAUUACAUUUAUAUCCCACCUUUUGUUCAAGGAGCUCUAGGUGGCAUGUAUGGGUCUUCCUCUCCCCUUUUAUCCUCACAGAAACCUUGUGAGAUAGGUUAGGCUAAGAUACACUUGUUGUGGGGGAUUUGCACCUGGUUGUUUCCAGUCUUGGUUCAAAACUAACCACUACAGUACACUGGCUAAGGGAGGGUGACUAGAAAUGAUGGUAAGAACAGGCAGCCACCUAGGACCCAGGAACUCUGGUCUUUUCUCACCCCUUUCCCCUCCUCAACACAAAACACUGGAAUUUGGGGCAAAUGUUGCCUCCAUGUUUUCCAGUCUGUUUUCACAGCCCUCCCAUGAGCCAAACACUUCGAUCAUAACUCAAAUGAGGAAUUCCUUGUCUGCAGCAUUUCAGAACGAUUUCCCCAUGGACAUCUUUCAUGAAAGCAAGAACAUUUCUUCAGGCCUGUUGUGUUUUGUUUUUUAACACACCUUUGCUAGUAAGCCUCUUGCUCAUUUAGCAGUUGCUCUGAGCAAAGUUUUCAUCUUUUAAAUUCUGAUCAUGGAUUCCACAAACAUAUGGUCAAAUUAAAUUCCCGUUCACUCUGCUGUGUCUCUGAAGACUUUGUUUAAAGCAUUUUAAUCCCACUCUUCAGACAAAAAAGGCUCCCAGGGCAACUUUCAGAGGUUGAUAGGACAGUCCCUGCCCUCAGAUGUACCCUGUAAAUGACAAAGGGACUGGAAAAGCGACUCAGUGCACUCUUUUUUAGAGUUCUUGUAAUGACCUGCAGCAUGUGUUUCUAGGAGAGGAGAAGUCAAAAGUUACUUGUCUUUCAGCAGAGCUAAUGUAGAAGGCCUGCAGUCCCAUAUUCAUCCCUCUUCUUUAUUUUUAUUUUUCAUUUCAUUUCAAUACUGUACUGCUUUAUAUUUUUAAGAAAAGAAUCUCAAAGCUGUUUAGAACCUACAUUAAAACAUCAAAUAAAACAAUCCAGAAUAAAACAUUAGAGAAGAAAGUCAAAUAUAAAGUAAACAUUCAAAGCAACAUAAUUAACAGAAAACUAAAAUAUUAUCUUAAAACAUUUCACAGUAAAACAUUACAAAGGAGGUCAACUACAGAAUGCACAUUCAAUGCAGCAAAGUUAACAAAAAAACUUUAAACAUUUCAAAAGGAAACAUUACUAAAGGAAGUCAAAUAUAAAACACACUUUUAAAACAGCAUAAUUGACAAGCAAAUAAAAUAUAAGUAUAGAGCAAAUCUGCUGCUGUUGCUUUCAAUCCUUCCGGUGGUAGUUCAUGGCAGGUGAUGGCUGUAAAAGCUCAGGCUCGAUGAUCUGGUUCUGUACUAAAAGAAAGCCAAGGUAGUCUUUGGCUUCUUCAGCAGCCUCGUACCUGGAGUCAGCCAGGGCCCCACCCUCCCAGUCCACCAGUCCAGGUGAGAAAAGACCUGCAUGGCAGGGAGCAGGUCUUCCAGCUUCACAGCCAAGAAUGGCUGCUGUAGAUGAUAACUAAGGGAAGAGGAGCCUGAUGGUCUUCCUGCAAAGCUGAUGUAGAGGCUUUGCAGUCCAGUCUCUCUCCCUGUGCCUGAUGGAACCUUUCUUUCUUUUAUUGCUUUUCUAUAGGUACCAUGGUGAGAAGCUCCAGACUUUCACCAAGCCCAAGAAGCCUCGUGGGGACAACAACAUCCUCAUCUCCACCAUCUAUGAUGACCCAUAUCCUGUGGAUGCAGAAGAGCAGCUGCUCCGGCGCCAGCUACCAAUCAGUAUGAAGCAUCGCCAAGAUGUGGCAUUUCGCCAUGCCAUGCAUGGUGUUCAUCACAAUUCCAGUUCCUCAUGAAGGGGCUGCUAGCCAGGAAUGGCUUUCGGACUAUGUUGCAGCAAUGUUUGCUUUUGCAAAUAAAAAUUUUUUAAUUAACAAAAGUUGCCAAAUAAAGGGCAAAAUGUUUAGUAUUUUUUAUUUAGGGUUUUUUUAUCAAUAUGGGUGCAUCCUGGUGCUUGUAAGCUAAAUUAAAGGGUUCUUGCUUGUGUUUCUUUUGGGUUACCACAAGAUCCGUGCUGCAUUACAGCAUGCCUAGCUACCAGUGGCCUUUUUCAAGAAUAAUGUCCUCCAUGC